CCGCCCCCUGGUCCGCGCUCUCGGCCCUUCGGCCGGGCGGUACCCAGCCCUCCCGGCACCCCCCUCCUCUCCUCCCUCCGGCCUGCCCUUCCCCACGGGACUGCCACCCUCCACCUUCGCCCCAGCCCUCUUCUCUCCCCGCCGGAGCCGCGGAGGCAGCAGUAGCAGCAGCAGCAAGAGGAGGAGCCGGAGGCGGCGGUGGCCCGGGAGCCCAUGGCGUACAGUCAAGGAGGCGGCAAGAAGAAAGUCUGCUACUACUAUGAUGGUGAUAUUGGAAAUUAUUAUUAUGGACAGGGUCAUCCCAUGAAACCUCAUAGGAUCCGCAUGACCCAUAACUUGCUGCUAAAUUAUGGCUUAUAUAGAAAAAUGGAAAUAUAUAGGCCCCAUAAAGCCACUGCUGAAGAAAUGACAAAAUACCACAGUGAUGAGUACAUCAAAUUUCUACGUUCAAUAAGACCAGAUAACAUGUCUGAGUAUAGUAAGCAGAUGCAGAGAUUUAAUGUUGGAGAGGACUGUCCAGUGUUUGAUGGACUUUUUGAGUUUUGUCAGCUUUCAACUGGUGGCUCAGUUGCUGGUGCUGUGAAGUUAAACCGACAACAAACUGACAUGGCUGUUAACUGGGCUGGAGGAUUACAUCAUGCUAAGAAAUCAGAAGCAUCAGGAUUCUGUUAUGUUAAUGAUAUUGUGCUUGCCAUCCUUGAAUUACUAAAGUACCAUCAGAGAGUCUUAUAUAUUGAUAUUGAUAUCCAUCAUGGUGAUGGUGUUGAGGAGGCUUUUUAUACAACAGAUCGUGUGAUGACUGUAUCGUUCCAUAAAUAUGGGGAGUACUUUCCUGGAACAGGAGACUUACGGGAUAUUGGUGCAGGAAAAGGCAAAUACUAUGCUGUCAAUUUUCCAAUGAGAGAUGGUAUAGAUGAUGAAUCAUAUGGCCAGAUAUUUAAGCCUAUUAUUUCAAAAGUGAUGGAGAUGUAUCAGCCUAGCGCUGUGGUUCUGCAGUGCGGUGCAGACUCACUGUCUGGUGAUAGGCUCGGUUGCUUCAAUCUGACAGUUAAAGGUCAUGCUAAAUGUGUAGAAGUUGUAAAAACUUUCAAUUUACCAUUACUGAUGCUUGGGGGAGGUGGAUACACAAUCCGCAAUGUUGCUCGGUGUUGGACAUAUGAGACUGCAGUUGCCCUUGACUGUGAGAUUCCCAAUGAAUUGCCAUAUAAUGAUUAUUUUGAGUAUUUUGGACCGGACUUCAAACUGCAUAUUAGUCCUUCAAACAUGACAAACCAGAACACUCCAGAAUAUAUGGAAAAGAUAAAACAGCGUUUAUUUGAAAAUUUACGCAUGUUGCCUCAUGCACCUGGUGUCCAGAUGCAAGCUAUUCCAGAAGAUGCAGUUCAUGAAGAUAGUGGAGAUGAAGAUGGAGAAGAUCCAGACAAGAGAAUUUCUAUUCGAGCAUCAGACAAACGAAUAGCUUGUGAUGAAGAGUUCUCAGAUUCUGAGGAUGAAGGAGAAGGUGGUCGUAGAAAUGUGACUGAUCAUAAGAAAGGAGCAAAAAAAGCUAGAAUCGAAGAAGACAAGAAGGAAACAGAGGACAAAAAAGCAGAUGUUAAGGAGGAAGAUAAAUCCAAGGAUAAUAGUGGUGAAAAAACAGAUACCAAAGGAGCCAAAUCAGAACAGCUCAGCAAUCCUUGAAUUUGAGUCUCACCACUUUGAGAAACCAUAAAAAAGUGAGCAAAUAUUGGGAAGAAAAAUGUUUUUUCUUUUUGAAGACUUCUGGCUUCAUUUUAUACUACUUUGGCAUGGACUGUAUUUAUUUUCAAAAUGGCUUUUUUUGUUUUGUUUUUGUUUUUCUUGGCAAGUUUUAUUGUGAGUUUUCUAAUUAUGAAGCAAAAUUUCUUUUCUCCACCAUGCUUUACGUGAUAGUAUUUAAAAUUGAUGUGUUAUUAUGUCAAAAAACUGAUCUAUUAAAGAAGUAAUUGGCCUUUCUGAGCUGAUUUUUCCAUCUUUUGUAAUUAUCUUUAUUAAAAAAUUGUACUUCGA